GGUACAGUGAUCGGCAGUGCCCGCUGUAAGGAUUUCCGCACCAGGGAGGGUCGAAUGGUCGCUGCGUGUAACCUGGUGAAACGUGGCAUCACCAACCUCUGUGUGAUUGGUGGCGAUGGGAGCCUGACCGGGGCCAACGAUUUCCGUACCGAGUGGAACAGCCUCUUGGCAGACCUCAUCAAGCAGGGGAGGAUUACAGCAGAGGAGGCGAAGGGAUCUUCCCACCUCAACAUCGUGGGCCUGGUGGGCUCCAUCGAUAACGACUUCUGUGGGACCGACAUGACAAUUGGCACCGACUCCGCCCUGCACCGCAUCAUGGAGGUGGUAGACUCCAUUACUACCACCGCCCAGAG